AAAGUUGGGUAAACCGCGCUUUACUACAGAACGUCGGUGAUUAGGUAAAUAAAUCAGUGUUAAUUCAGUUUCAUUUCCUAAUAAACAUGUGUCUUUUUUUAUAACUCAACAAUAAUUCAUUCAAGAAAACGACUAAGACACUCGUCAUGUCGUUAUGGAAGUCGUGACCAUGUGGUGAUUGAAAACGAAGGUUUCCGAAUUGUUAAGUGUUUUAAUCUCCACGCGUCGUGGGUCUAUUACGCAAGAGCAGAACGUAGAUAAUUUGGCGCAAGGAUAUUUAUGAUUUGACAGUUCGUGAAUAGUCCCAGGAAUAUUAAUACCUGACGCAUAUGAAAACAGAUCACAAUUGGUUUUGCAUUUCGUGAAGACGUUACUAUGGACAAAACUCUAGUUCUUCUGCUGUCGUGUUUGGGUGCCGUCCUUUCUCAGGCUCCUGCCAGCCAGCAGCCACCGAUGUGCCUUAUAGAAUGCAUGUCAGAAUGGCUUCCAUGUGAAUUUGAGUGUCGAGUAGAAUUCCCCCCAGCUACAGAUUUUGUAGAUUUCGCUGCGUGUGCCAUGCCAUGCGAAGAGGAACGACUCGCCUGCAUGAUGGCAUCACCCGAACCCGCCUGUAACAAUAACACAUUGAACAACAUUGCUCACCUACCAUUUCAGAUCAAUGUUAAUCCUACAACACCAGCGCCCACCACGACAACAACCACUGCCGCUCCAACUACCACAACCACGGCUCCAAAAACCACCACUACCACGGCACCACCUCCGACAACUCAAGCUAAACCUGUCAUACCCUCUCAACCACGUGUCCAAGCUCCACGCGUCCAAGCACCACGUGCUCCAGCACCACGUGUUCAAGCGCCAGCUAGACCGGUGGUUUCUCGAAACCCUACACCACAAACUCAACCAAACCAUGUACGAUCGUCUCGGCCACGUGUUCAAGCGCCAGUCGGACCAGUGGUUUCUGCAUCUGCUGGAAUGCCAAAUCCACAACAACGAGUUCAAUCUCCAUACAACACUGUCAUAUCACGCGGACCACGACCAGUCAUCGCUGCCGCUCCCGCUGCUCCUCAACAAAAUGUCGCACCCUCUCCACCUGUUAGCGGCCCUCAACCACAACAGAUACAAAAACACAUAGUUCCACCAAGAAACAUCUUCUCCGGUAGCCCCAAACAACUCUCAUAUCCAAAGCCAAGCCCACCAAAUCGCCAACAAAGACCACAAAAUCCAGUGCAACAAAACUUCCAAGGACCAAUGCCUGCAAGCAAUAAGCUUUCUGCUAUCGGUUCACAGCCUACUAAUGUUGCCCCCGCUCCAACUGUUCAAAAAGCCCCUUCGAACAAUAUUUAUAAUAGGCUUAAAAGCAAGCACGUGAAAGUCCAUAAACUUAGUUAUAGUUUCAAAACGCAAGGAUAAAGAAAACUAGAGCUUAGAGAAAUGACUUUAUCUGGGGAAGAAGGUGUACUUUUGUCGGAGUAUAGAAACACCGACAUCGUUGGAGAAAAAUGUGAACCAACUGAAUGAAAACUGUAUUGUAGUGAUGUAUACUACGACUUAUCCGAGCUUCUGUUUUAUUGUGUAAGAAGUAACCAUAAGACGUAUGUUUCAUCUGUCAGACAUUUGUCAAUGCUUAUGUUUCAAUCUGUGUUUUGAAAGGUGUAAAGCAGGAGAGAUUUCUGUAGAAAGUUUGAUGUUGUAGAUCGGGGUUGUGCUUGGUCUGAACUAUCAAAUCACUAAUUUAUUUAUUGCAUGUUGAUAAAACAUUAGUAGGAUUCCUUUUUAGUCCUUAGAUUUAUGUUCCUGUUAUUUGUUAUAUAUUAAUGAAAUGUUAAUAAUAUGGAGAAAAAAAUCAG